UACCUCCUUGAUUGGCUGGGUAAAUAAUGACCAAAGCUUUGUAGAUUUGUUUUUAAAUGUUUAAUUAUUACAUUAUUAAGGUUACACUUGAAUAAUUUAUAAGCUUGAAAUACUGAAAUCUUUUUUUAAAUAGAAAGUCGGACCAAAGAGAUGACGAGCACUACACCACGUCACAGUCGAACGUGGGCCUACAGCCCAAUAACUUAAAGAACCUAUAAGUUCUUCCCACCUGGCAAGAUCUGCGGAGUUUGAACUUUGAACUCUUUAUGUUUUCAACGUGGACCAUAAACUCAAUUAAAUUACGUAUAAACUCAACUUUUAAUUUUGUUUUUUUUUAUAUAAUAAUAAUAAAAAAGAUCAAAAUCCACCGCACUUCCAACUAGAUAAAAAGACCAGAUUUGUUUAUGUUUCUUCUUCUUCUUAGCGGAGAAUUCAAUUUUUUUUUUCUGAUCUGUUCCACUCAUCCUUUCCCACUCUCACGAAAGAUCUGAUUAUGAUUAUGGUCUCUCCGAAGCAUACAAUGUUUCCAUGAAAGGCUGAAACUUUAUUUUUUUUUUGGAGAGAUCAUCAUCACUCUGUUUUUUUGAGAGUUUUCUCGAAUUUUGAUCAUGGCGAGAGGAAGAGCGGGUGAGAAGGAGGAAGGCGAGAAGCACAUAGGGUUACUAAAACUGGCUCAAACGCUGUCGUUUCUGCUCAUAUUCAUGGCCGGGAUCAUCAUCGGCCUCGCCGCUAGCUCCCACAUCGAUCGCUACUUCAACUCCUUGCCCACGACGGCGUUCUCCUCCUCCUCAUCCGCGGCCCUGCAAACGGUUCCCGAUUACUCGAACUGCACGGUCGUCCACCGGGACUGCGCAGGCGGCGAGGACGAGAAUCACGACGACGACGCGGCGGAGAAACGGAGGGAUCGGGAUUGCUGGAGCGUGGAGGGGUUUGUGCGGCCGGGGAAUCUGAGCCACGGGAUGAGUGACGACGAGCUGUUCUGGAGAGCGUCGAUGGUUCCGGUGAAGGAGGAGUAUCCGUACGAGAGGGCUCCGAAGGUGGCGUUUAUGUUUCUGACGAGAGGGCCUUUGCCUAUGCUUCCGCUCUGGGAGAAGUUUUUUAGAGGGAAUGAGAAGUAUUUGUCGGUUUAUGUUCAUACCCCUCCCGGUUACGACAUGAAUGUGUCGAGUGGUUCGGCGUUUUACGACAGGCAGAUCCCGAGUCAGAAAGUGGAAUGGGGAUCUCCACUACUAACAGAUGCAGAGAAGCGGCUUCUAGCCAACGCGUUACUCGACUUCUCAAACGAGCGUUUCAUUCUUCUCUCAGAAAGCUGCGUCCCCGUCUACAACUUCUCCACCGUCUACUCUUACCUAAUAAACUCUGCUUACAGUUUCGUGGACUCUUACGACGAGCCCACACGUUACGGCCGCGGGCGUUACAGCCGCAAGAUGCUCCCAGACAUCAAGCUACACCACUGGCGUAAAGGCUCUCAGUGGUUCGAAGUAAACCGUAAACUCGCCAUCUACAUCAUCUCCGACUCGAAAUACUACUCGUUGUUCAAACAGUUCUGCAGACCGGCUUGUUACCCUGACGAGCAUUACAUCCCAACGUUCUUGAACAUGUUCCACGGUUCGGUGAACGCGAACAGAAGCGUGACGUGGGUGGAUUGGUCUAUAGGUGGUCCUCAUCCAGCUACGUAUGGGGCGGAUAAUAUCACGGAAGGGUUUCUACAGUCCAUAAGGAAGAACGAGACGGAUUGUCUUUACAAUGAAGAACCAACUUCUUUGUGCUUUCUUUUUGCUAGGAAGUUUGCUCCUAGUGCCUUGGCUCCUCUUAUGAACUUGAGCUCUACAGUGAUGGGGUUUUGAGGAGAGCAGCUGAUUUUUUUUCUCUUCAUGUUUCUACUUUUAUAGAGAUGAGAUGAGAGAUUCUUCUACGAGAUACAUACUUAGGACUUCUUUUGGUUAUGGUCACUUCUUUUACUUGAUCUUAGAUAUAAAAAAAUGUAAAGGUCGAGCCUUUUUUGUAUGUAGGAGUUUUGCUUCUGCCGACCUGCAGAGCUAAUAGCUAAUCUAGUUAUAGAUUACCAACAUCUAUUCUUUUUCAUCAACUUUUUGGAAAAAUGAAAUUACAGUGCGAGAGUUUUUACUGAUA